UAACACAAUUGAAUGUAAUGACAAUGAAAUGAAUUGAUGAUUAAAUUGUCUUCAUUGCUGUGGUGAUAGUAUGGGACCUCUGCGUCACUAUUGUAUUUCGUUGGGUUCGGGGCCUCAGUGGUGCUCCUGAUGUCCCCCAAAGUCCGAUCAUUAAUACCAAUCGUGUUUCGUCGAUAUCGCUGUCAGAGAGCAAUGUUUUGGGCAAAUACAGAGCCCCCCCUUCGGUCGGGGAACUCACCAAACAAUCCCGACAACACGCCAUAAGACUCACAUUAAACAUACAACUCUUGGAAGGACACGACGUCGAGUGGGAGGCUAUCAUAUGGAAGGAAAACCUGUUAAUUAAUAUUCCGAACGGAAUAUCGUUGGAUAACUCAAAGGAGGCGUUCAUUAGUUUACUGGAGAUGGCUGAGGAUGAACUCCAAUGUGAACGCGUGACCGUCUACUUCGACAAAAACAGAAGUGACAGAAAUUCAUUGAUGCGUUUAUUCAGUUUCAUUGGGUUCUCGGUGUUGGCGCCGAACCACAGUAUGGCUCCGGAGGACACCUCUGAAGACAUGUUGUAUAUGGCGUACAGUAUCUCCGGUUAAACUAUGGUUAUUCUACCCUUCCCAUGAAGUCAUUCUAAUCGACGUCUCAUUUGUCUAUAAUUUUUUAAUUUAGAUUUUAUUUGAGUUGUGUUUUUAAUGUAUUGUUUAAAUUUAUAUUUAAUUAUCAAAUCAAUAUCUUUCUCUACUUAUUACUUAUCCUUAUUUUUCUUAUUAAUCAUUAUUUGAGCGUUUGGUCAGCGCUUUCGAUCUUUCAAAUCAAAGUGUUAUCCAACUCUUGGGAUUCAUUAUUAAUAAUAAUCUUUAAACCUUUGAAAUUAUAUCUAAUAGUUGUAAAAGAACUCAAAUAUAAACUCUUUGCUCGAUAUCGACGAUUAACACGAUUACUGUAUUGUAUUGAAUAUUAUUAUAAUAAAUGUUACUUUAAUUUCUUUAAA